GAAGAAUGCGACAACAGUGGCGCACACCGAGCCGUCCCGCGAGACGUAGUACGAGGUCCUAAAUACGAACCACAAUUCACACUUUAAGAGAUGCAAUUGCGUGCAGGGUGCACUGUCAACCCGUGCUUCUUAGCGAUUUAAUUGGACAGAGGACGUCAUGAGGGCGGAUCAAGGAGUAUUCUAGCUCCAGAGGGUGUUCCCGUUCCCGCUCAAGGGCGAAGAAGGUUGACUAUACUCGGGCCGCAAUUGCGAGUUUUGAGACGGGGCGGAGAGCGGGGUUAUUGUCGCCGGUGAUGAAGUAUAACUUGGAGUGGGUGGUCCAGUUGUUGAUCAAGGGGGAUCACACAUUGAAUACUACACAUACCGUCAUGCCUUCGAAUUCACCGCGAUUAUCACCAUCCAAUUCGCCACCUUCGCAAUCAAACGAGUGGAGCGGAAGCUGGCCAGCACCACCCCUCUCCGACCCCACCAAAACCCUCCUCAAACAAUCCGACCUCUCCCGCUACUCCCAUGCCUCAACCCUCGUCCCCUCCAUCUCCUCCCUCCAUCUCCACUCCUUAGUCGACCACCACACCCGAGACCUUCCCAGCCUUCCGGGACGAUACCUCAAACACCUGUCCUCCGCAACGAAACUCCACGCACGCGAAGCCCGGGCACAUGCGAACUUUAUCCGUCGGAAGCCGGGGUCGUCAGGGGCGGAGUGGCAUGAUACGAAUACGGCGUUGGAUCAUAUGCGGUUGGUCGAGGGUGCGGGGAUCAAGACUGCGGCGGUGGCGGGUGCGAUGAAGUUACAUCUUUUACUAUGGGAACCGGAGAAUGAGGGGGUGUUUUGGGGGUUACCGUGUCGGGGCGCGUUGAGCGUGGAGGAAGAACGGGCGUUGAGGGGAGUGGAGGUGUUGAGGGGGAUCAUGCUCAGGCUCCUGGAUGAACCGGUGAAGGGCGAGGCGGAGAGGGGGUUUUUCGAGGAGGUGAGGGAGUGUCUUCUUGGACUUCGGGCGGGAGUCAAAGCUGGGGUCGCACACCAUCUCGUCCGGGCACUCAUCGCUCACCAUCCCUCCCGUUCUGAAGCAUGGCGGACCUGGCUCGGAAAAUUGGGACAGGAAGAAGACUCAGCGUUGAAGGUUACGGAGGGGGAUAUCGAGCUUGCGGAAGGGUUUUGGGCGACGAGGAUGGCUGUGAGGGAGAUGGUGGAUGAAAGGAAUAGGAGUAGGGGGGUGGGGCUGAGGGAGAGUGGGAAGAGGAGGAGGUUGAGUUUUGAGGGGAUUGUGGGGUGGUUUACGAGGACGAAGAUGGCGAAGGCUGCCUAGGACGUUUUAUGGUGCGACGGUGUACGUUAUGAGAGAAAGCUUUUUCUGGACUUUAGCAGGUGUUUGCUUUCUUGUUUUGGUAUGGCGUUUCUCCUUUCAACUACUUAAUCUUAUACCUUGUUUGCUCUCAACCCUUAGAACCUGUUGUGUUCAUCUCGUUUCCCUGCCGUCCUAAGUAUCGCUUGCUCUGAAAAUUGCCGUGCUUCCAUGCCUCAUGACUAGCGGAUCAGGAAGACGUCUGUUCCUUAAUCGCUGCUUCUUGUAGCU